UCCAACAACCUCCCUGGGUAGCCUGUUCCAGUUUCUUACAACCCUCACUUCUACUGUGAUGUUUUCCUAACAUCUAGCCUGAAUUUUCUCUCUUUCAGUUUGUACCCAUUACUCCCUGUCCUGUCACUACAAGUGGCUGGUUGCACUAAGUACAAGCGCUGCCAUCAGUGCAAAGGAGCAGCUUUGGCUGGGGAUGUCUGCGAGGAGUGGAUCAGUCAUCCUUCCCAGGCAUUUUAUAGCUUGCGUCUUGGUGCAAGGGACAUGUUUAAUCCGAACAUUAUAGUAAGAAAAAAACAGAGGUUUCGUAAAUUUCUCAACACAGAAAUGAAAACAGUCUCUAAGUAUCCAUACCUCUUUGUUUUUCCUUAGCCACUCACCUGCCUGCAUAGCUCGUGCAUUGUGCUUUCUUCUCCUGCCCCCUGCCCCAGGACCUGAGCACUGUAUUUGGAGAUGUGCAACUCCAGAGUAGCAACUCAGAUUCCCAUCUCCUGUAAAGACCCAGCGCAGAGUCAAAUUGCAACCUCACAUUUCAUAAACUCCUGUCAUAUGUGGUGGAAUACACCGUACUGCCAUAAGGGCUUCUCCUGUUCACACAGAAAAAUCAUGUUUCUCAGCCCACUUAGCCAUGUUAAGACUGAAGAGCAUUUCUCCCUUUACUCCCUAGUGAACAACUGGCAAACCUUUGAAACAAAUGUAAACUUGGCCUUGCAUUGUCUGAUUUUUUCUUUCCUUACAAGAAGUGUCUCUAACAGUAGUUUUAAUCAGAAGAUUGGUAAUAAUUCCCUUCUUUUUUAGUGUAAGUUCCAACAUUACAAAAGGGAAAUACCAGAUUCACUUAGAGAUGCAGCUUAAACAUCUGCAAGAUGAGACUGCCAGCUUUCUGUACACCAGCUGAAGGCUUUUACCAUUACUCCUACCCUCGUGUUUUGACUCUCCUCCCACACGUUGACGGAAAAAGGUCCCAGGCGUCACUGCUAAACAAGCCUCAGGUGGGAGGGGGAGUGGACGAGUAGCAGCUGCCUGCCAUAAAGAGGUGUUUAAAGAAAAAUGAAUACUGCCUCAACUUCAGAAAGUGGAUCAUAUUCUACAAGCAACACAAGACCCUUUUUUUAUGCUCAGCCAUCAGCACAACAGCCUUAUCCAAAUCCAUGGUACCUCAGUCAUGGAUACAGUCCAUAUUAUGUACCUGCUCCAGGCUUCCGAAGUGGAAAUCCAUAUUUUCCAUUUUAUUCUGUUGCGCUCCAUGAGUACCCUGGAUUUUUUGUUCCACAGCAUCCAAUGCAUGCAAGAAUUAACAGAAGGCCUUAUUUUAAUGCUGCCCCACCUUCCCCUAUGUUUUAUCAUGCAACAAGAUUUAGACACUAUAAUACCCCUGGGAAAAGAAUGGAGACAAAAGAAACACAGACUGAUCCUAGACAGCCUGAAAGCAAGCAAAAAAAGCACCAAGAUACCCGUACAGAAACGAAAGGUUGUGAUGCAGGGAAUAUGGCCUGUGUUUCUUCUGGUAUAGGUACAGAGACUGAAAGUACUUCAGAGAAACAAGAUUCAUCUGGAUCUUCCAUUGUGGUAGACAGAGAGUUUCAUAACAAGGACCCUGCCAGCUCUACACAGUAUAGAAACCUCCCUACUGGAAGCUAUGCCUUUGAGAAGGAAGAAGUGAGGAUAGAAUAUGGAAAUGGCUCUCCAGCUAUUCAGCUGUGGAAGUCCUUUAAAGAAACUAUCCCGCUGUAUGAUGUGGCAAGUGCUAAAUCAGUCCCAGAGAACAUAGUGCCACGUGACUUAUUUUCUGUUAGCUCGUGUGAAGGCAUGAUAUAUGGCCCUCGUGAAGGGGGGCAAAUGAUGCCAGGAGCUUCCUUAGAUGAGAGAGAAGCUGUUGUCCCCUCAAAACAGGGUGCUGAAACUGCGCAAGAGAAAGAUGUCCAAAACAAUGAAGUGAAGCUGGAUGCAGAAAAGCUGGCAAAUACAAGUCAACAGGCAAAAUCCCCCCCAGGUGAAACCAUGGCAGUGCAAAUCACAGAGCUGGCAAGAUCUGUUGGCAUAGAUAGACCAGUGGUAAGACAGGAUGUGGUAAUAGCUAAAAAAUCUAGCACUAAAAAAUCUGCAGGCUCAAAAACUUCUCAAGAAGAGCCCAGCUUUAUUCAACAAGCAGGACUACUUCCAUCUAGUAUGGAGGUAAUGAGUGACUUGAGCUUUCAGCAGAAAAAGCUGAAUUUAAACCACAGAGCAACCAGUGAAAGCCAGACAGGUAAAAGUAUUUGGUGUGACAAAUCAAUUGAGAAGUAUGUUACAAAGUACGACAUUUGUUUGCCACAAAGGAAGUGCCAAAGUGUAAUCAGUCUUUCUUCUGAUGACAUGUCCUCUAGAGAGGAAGGGUCAUCAAGUGAUAAUGCCCCAGUGUCUUAUUUUGUCCCUGACUAUGUGCUUCAGAAAAGCAUGUAUACUCCUCAGAAAAGUAUAGACAGCUCGGAGAAAGAGAAGAUUAAAAAUGGUGGGUCCCUCAGUGAAGAUGAAGUGGUAGCAAAGGAGCAGAUGAAUGGUCAAGAUGUCAGUUCUCCAGCUGCUAAGAUUAAAGAGGCUUCCAGCAAAGGUAGAAAGCUGGGAGCCCUUUCUAGAUCUCCUAGUAGGAAAGAAAUCAAUUCUCUCAACAAAAAAGCAGCUAAAACUUUGUCAGAAGUCGAGGACUCCGAAGAAUAUUCUGUGAAGGGUGAAGAGGAGGAUGAAGAUGGAGAGGAUGAGGAGGAUGAGGAUGAUGACAUGGAUGAAAUCGAGUAUUUCUUUCAAGAAGCCCCUCCAUAUGGAAUCUUGACACCAAAUAAAGGAAGUUUCUACCCAGUUGGCCCGAGAGUGCUUUGGAAACCACCUAAAAAUGCUGUACCAGCACAAUUAAUCAGCUGGCCCGCUCAAGAGAAAAUAAAAACUAGGAGUGGGCUUGUUGAAAAUAUUGGUGUGGUGUACAAGCCGAAGGAGAAAGAACGAGAUGAAGUUGUGUAUAGUGACUAUGGGUAUUACGGGAGAAAGAGGCCUAUGACAAGAAGAGAAGGACUUGAGCACCAGCGAAUGUUACGGAAAUUCUUGGGAGGAAGGCUGCUAAGGGAGAACCUGGGGAUACUGCCUGAAGAGUAUUGGAUUAGAAGUGGUGCUAAGCCCAAAUUUAGUGGCCAAAUACAUGGCAGACUCUCACCUCCAGCCAAGAGCAAAGACCAAGGAUGCCCACCUUUGGUUAAACCAAAGAAGAAAAAAAUAGGCAAGCCACCUUCAAAACGCAGGGACACAAGACAUGAUGUGGAAGAGGUAGAAGUGUGGGAGAUGCCUAAAUACAGUAUAUACAAAGGUCGUGGAACAAAAAAGUCCCUCUCCAAGAGAAGAUAAUUGCAAAUAUUGGGGCAAGAGGGGGGGGAAUGUAUCGAAGGUUUGUUUUGCAUAAUCCAAA